ACAAAACCAUCUGUCAGUGUCGUUUUCGCCCCCAAAUAUCCUUCCGUCCCUCGAAACUAACACAACCAUGGCUGACCAACUCAGCGAGGAGCAGAUGGCCGAGUACAAAGAAGUCUUCUCGUUGUUCGACAAAGACGGUGACGGCAGCAUCACCACGGACGAACUGGGGGUGGUCUUAAAAUCUCUGGGGCAAAACCCCACGGAGGCGGAACUUCUAGACUUGAUCAGCGAGGUGGACGCCGACGGCAGCGGCACAAUCGACUUCGACGAAUUCCUGGUGAUGAUGUCCCGUAACGCCAGGGACAUGGAUAGUGAAGAGGAGAUUCGUGAGGCAUUUCGGGUGUUCGACAAAGACGGCAACGGGUUUAUUUCGGAAGCUGAAUUGCGCACUGUGACGACCAACCUGGGUCUCAAGCUAACCGACGAAGAGUUGGAAGAGAUGGUCAGAGAAGCUGACUUGGACGGCGAUGGAGAAGUCAGUUACGAGGAGUUUUUGAUAAUGAUGACUACUUCUUGAAGAGUGGGGUAACUUGGGUCUAGAUUUUCUUUCGAAGCGAUGGAUUCCAGCUGAAAUCUGUAAUUUUACAAAGCAAAUUUAAUUGGUAAUA